UGGUGCAAGCAAAAGGGGGUCAAGCGUGGCAAAUGUGGGAAGCGGGAUCGUCAACAGCGACGGCAAUAUCAGCAUCAGCUACAAAGGCAACAACAACUGGGGAAUCAAAAGCCUACAGGAUCCAGCCUAACCACCUGCUCUUAUGCAUCCGGCAAGUCGAACUCCCUUGUAUCCGCCUCACAUUCCUCUCAAGCCGAGGAAGCCAGGCCAGAAAAGGCCAGUACUUCAUUAGGCGACGAGAUGGAAGAUUCCGAUCCUGAUGCCGAGACACCUCUGGGCGAGGAUAUUAUUGACGCGGAUGAUCUCCCAGGUAAGUGCCAAGGCUACCCGUAA